AUGGACUCUAACAGUGCUGAAGAUACUUAUUUCUAACAUAACCAAAUGAGAAAUGACUGGAUUUCUAAUAUUGAUCCUCAAGAAACUAAAACAAACUACAAUAGACUUAUAUUUGAAAGAGUCUUGCAGACAAGAUGGCUUAAGACAAGCGGUCAGUUUUUCAUAUUUUCUAAUGAAUCCAAAGGAAUAUGGAGAAAGGAUUUUCAUAAUUAUGUGACUCGAAAGGGCAGUUUAACAUCUGUAAGAGAAGACUAAGUCAAAUUGAAAUUUAAUGGUCAAGAGUUUGCGAUAUGUUCCUACUGCAAGGGACCUGGAUUUCAAGAUGACUCAACAAUAUAGGGGUAAAUAGAAAUAACUCCUGAGAGUUUUAAAAGAAGGGCUUACUGGCUUAAAGAAAAUCCAAGAUUUAUAUUAGUACACUACCUCGAUGAAGCAAAUAAAUAUUAUUUGAAUUAUCUGAAGUUCCAGAAUCUUUAAAAUUGCAUCUCGAAUGAGUUAAAGGAUAAGACAAGUGAGAACUUUAAUGCUGAGGAACUUAAUAGAAUUCUCUCAAAAGGUUUUUCGCAAAUGAUUCAAAUGAAUCCAGAUCAAAAUAGGAUCCUCAAAUAAAAUUAGAAAGAAAAUUAAAUCUAGGAUUCGAUAUAAGAUGAUUUUAUGUCUAUAACCACUCCCUCUUUGGACAGUUAAGAUCUCAAGGUAUAAAGCAGUGAGGAUUAAGAAUUCUUCUCAGAAAUUAUGGAAAUCAUAAUUUCUUCGACUCCUUCUCAAAGAUUAAACAGGCUUGAAUUGGAUUCGAAUGGUGAUAUUAAUGUGGAUGCCCUCCUCAGAAAAGACUAAAAUUAUAAUGAAAAUCUUAGCUUAAAUAACAAUAAUGUUAACAAAUAAACUAUUUCGGAGCCUAAUAAUGAUUUGGGCUCUAACUUUAAAUAGGAUUUGAACAUGAGUCCAUUUACAGAUAUAAAUUCUAAGUACAGUUAAGUGAUUGGUAAUGACUUUAAAAUCUUGCCAGAGGAAAACCAUUUAAAAUACGAAUAAAGCAUUAAUGCAGCUUAAAGUGAAAUUAUAAAUUAAAACUCAUUUUUCUCAAAUCAAGACGAAUUUAACUCAUUACAGAACUAAAUUUUUGGACUUCAAAUGAAAUUUUCAUAGCUUGAAGCUAACAUGUAGCAUCAUUCUUCUUUGGAUCAAUCAUCUUUGCCUAGACAAUCUAAUGUAAAAAAGGAAUAAAACUCAUGGGGGCUUGGGCAAUACUAAUAGUAGCAACAUCCAGCUUUAGCUUUUAAUCAAUAGAAUCCAUUUAAUUUUAACAUUGAAAUAGUAGAUUACUCACCUGAAUGGGACUAUACUACAGGUGGAUCUAAACUCUUGGUCUGUAUAAAGCCCUCUUCAGCCUUUGAGAAUUUACCUCCAUUUAUUGAACAAAAUCUCGAAUUAAGCUUUGGUGAUAUUUUGGUGCCAAUUAAAUUCAUCUAGCCAGGAGUUUUUAAAUGCAAUGCACCGCCUCACGACCAAGGUUUUGUUCAUCUUAACUUGAUAUACUAGGGUAAAGUCCUUACUGUUAAACAAAACGAGUUUUAGUCUAAUUAGUUUGAAUAUAAACUUCAACAGCCAAAGACCAUGAAGAAAAAGAGAGUUAGAAAUGCUUAACCUAACGAUUCUAUGCUUGAAGGGGAUAGUAGAGAAUUUAAGGUGAGAAUAGUUGAGAAACUUACUUAUUUGGAAUAAAAACUGAACUUACCAUUUCAAAAUAAGACAGAAAAUUAAAAUAAAGAUUAAGAUAGUGUUUUCAAAAACUAUGAGAGUACUUUCGGAGAAUAGUUUAAUCAUUUGGAUAGUGAAAUGCUGGAGACUUUAAACAAGGAGUUUUUCAAAAGAGUAAUAGUCAGAAUCAUCCAAAGAUUAAAGAAUGAAAUGAGUGACACUGAUAGGAUAAGUCUUUUAAAUGAGCCAGAUUUAUAAGGUUAAACGCUUAUUCAUUAUGUAACUGCUCUAAAUUACUAUGAAUUACUCCCAAUCCUUCAUGAUGCUGGUGCAAAUGUAAACUUAAGAACCAUGAGUGAGAAUCUAAGCCCAUUAAUGAUUGCUGCUGCAAAGGGCUAUGAAAAAUCUGUCCGUAAACUUAUGAGGCUCGGUGCAGUAUUUUGGAAUGAUGAAAAUAAAAAGGUGUCUGUAUAACCUCGAGGCUAAAAUUUAGAAAUUUAGUUUAAUAAAAAGAAAGAAAAAGCUUAAGCCAAAUAUGAUUCAGACGACUCUGGAUCAGAAAAUAGUGAGAAUGAAUCUGAUUAAGACUUAUCAGAUAGUGAUGAGGGCCAUUUUAGUUUAUAAUAGCAUCAGUCCUUACAAAGAAAUGAUGAUGGUGCAAUAGAGUUAGCACUUCAAAAUAGACAUCAUAGCAUUGUUGAAAUGCUUCUGAGAGAUAUGAGUCUUAAGAACGCUCUUAAAGGAGAUCACUAGUAUAUUCACACAAUUGAAUACCCUUAAAAUAGAAAAAGAGAGCAAAAAUAAUACGAUUAAAUGAAAAUCAACUCUAAUGUAGACCUAAGACAGGAUACAUAGAGCAAUUCUUCACCCUAAGUUGUUCAAGGAUAUAUGAAAAGGUAAGCAAGUGGACUCAACCUAAAGAGGAAAAGCGAUGCAGGCUAGAGAUAGUUUAAUAACAUGAACUAGGAGCCAAGAUAUAAUAUUCUUACCAAGAAUUUCAACAUUAAAUCUGAAGGUAAAUUACUUCCCCCUAAUAACUUGCACUUUAGAAAUUUAAAAGGUAACUAAGAUACAAAAAAGUGUAAGAGCAUGGCUUAUUAGAAGAUAGCAUUAUGA